UCGAGGAUUUGUGAGGAGUAGGCGUGUGCGUGUGUGUGUGUGUGUGUGUGUGAGUGGGACAGCUGCUCGCGAUGAAUGCACAGCUGAUCCUCAGGCAGUUCCCCAACCACAUACUGUUCCGCACCCUCCACUACUCCCUCAUUGCGGAACAGCUGCGGGAGGAGAUCGAGUCGAGGAGCGGGCCCAAGGUGAAGCGCCGCAGUUGCCUGGAGUGGGAGCCCUUCGCCCUGUGGCUCACCAAUCUGAUGCUCAUCUAUGCGGGCGACAUCCUGGGCAACCUCCUGCUGGGCACUCUGCCCCUGGAGCCGCUCUGCAACAGCGCCGAUGUGCUCUUAAGCUCCUGCAUGUGGUACCUCAUCUUCUACUGCCCCUUUGACCUGGGCCAUUCGGUGGCACAGACCGUGUUCUUUCGCAUCCUGGCCACGACCAUGUCCACCAUCAGCCAGGUGCAGCUCAUCGACAAGGGCGUGACUCUGGCCGGGAAUGCCUAUGGCAACGCCCCAGUGGCCAUGCUGGUGGUGGGCACCAUCAUGGGCAGUGGAGCCGAGCUGCUGAAGCCCGUGGCCGCGCUCCUCAUCAACCGCUGCCAGCAGAACCAGAUGGCGCACAUAAAGCUGAGCAUAAACUCCAAGCUGGCUCUGUUCAUCUCCAGCCUCUUUGCGCUGCACAUCCACCAGAGUCCCCUGCUCCUCGGGCUGACGCAGAGCCAGCUGCAGGUCUACACCCUGGUGCUCGUCAACACCUACAAGUAUCUGUCGCUGGCCUAUCGGACGGAGCACUUUGUCUGGCAAAUGGAGACCCGCGUGCGCUACACCUUCUUCGGCGGCCUCACGGCGGACUUGACCAAAUUAUUUAAACGCCGUCCAAAGCCUGACAAAAGGCGAAGGAGAACGUUUUCAAAAUUUGAUUCAAACCGUCGACGGCGCUGAGUGAAUUCGCGCCAACAGCAGCACUGAAGCAGCAAUCCCUGCCCCCUCUUGUGGGUGGGGUUCUGGGUGGAGGAGCCGGUAAGCGGCUUAGGUUUCCACCCUGCCACUGCCACACGCCACUCAAGCGACGGAGAUACGACACGCGGCGGCAGAUGUUCCGCUUGAUCGGGUUACGCGUGUGCUGGUGUGAGCUGGGGUACAUGCUAAUCAGCUUAGAGGAGCUCCCACUCUCUGGAGGAGGGGGGAGGAGGCUGGAGCGGAGUGAAGUGCUCCAAGUACACUCGUCCAAUUCGUCGUCUAUUGUACUGUGAAAUUUCCGUUUGAAAAUAAGUCAGUAAAUUAGUAAAAGAAUCUCCAUUCUCCAUUCGAGAGCGGAUUUAUUGGGAAUGGGAUGCCACAUUAUGGGUUGCGACCUAUGGGCAACCCUCUUGAUUAUCCGAAUGGCAAAGGCUGGCAGCACUUUAGCGCACUUAUCGAUAAUUUAUCGCACAAUUCUAAGGGAAAUUCUAAACCCAUUUCAGCAAGUAUUUAUGAGUUAAGUUGCCUCUGAUGGAAUAAUCGAAUCCUUAGCCUGAGGUUCCCCCACAAUCACAUUAUUUUCCACCCAACUCUCAAAGCCUCAAAAUGUUGAGCAAAAUGGCAGUAAAAUCCAAAAGUCCCCCCAAAAGUCCUCGCAAGCAGACCAAAGUCCAAUCCGUGCAGCAAAAGUCCAAGUCCAAGCAAAAGUCAACAGAAUGCCCGCCAAUGGAGAAGCCAAAGAAGAAGAAGAAGGCGCCACCCCAGGCCGAGGUGGAGUGCAACAGGCCCAAGUUCUAUCGUUCGCCAGAGGAGAAGCGCAGCUACUUGGAGCAGCAGGUGGUGCCCAUACUGAUGGAGGGGUUGCUGGCUGUAGCCCGCGACCAGCCCCGGGAUCCCAUCGGUUAUCUGGAGAAGUUCUGGCUGCAGGACAAGCAAAGGUGCGACAUACAGCUGCCCCAGAACAUCCUCUAGCUGAACACUGAAUCGAAUUUCAAACUCAAAUCAAAUUUCAAAUCAUCAAAUGAAUAAAUUCUGUUCUGGUUUCUGUUUGGC